AUGCCAGUUCCGACUAACGGUGCUCAGGUCAAAUUCACAAACCGUGAGGCGAGCGCCUAUCUGUGGAUUGAGUACACUGCUCGUUCCAGUCAGACUGUGCAUUCGGCUCCGUGCAUGGCGGGUUUUGCAAUCGGCUUAUCUCUCUCUCUCUCUCUGCUCGUUGCGCGCUGGGUCACAAUCUGCCAACAUGUGAUUGUCUCGUUCAUCGUGCGCGAGUGCGCGCGCGCUCUCACUCACGCACGGCGAGGUCUCUAUCUUUCGGAUCUUACGUACACAAACGUCGCGUUUCCCCGUGUUGGUGGUAAACCGAGUAGCACAUGGAUCAGCAAAAUUAAUGACAUCAUCGAUGUGAUUGCACAUUUCCAAAAGUCAGAAUACAAUUUCCCGGUGGACGGAACUUUGAAUGCGUAUCUCUGCGCUCAGCGAUACAUUGAAGAACUACAGAAAUUCCUCGAAGAGGACAACUACAAAACUUCGUUGAUUCUUGAGCCGCCGCCACCUCCCCCACCUGCUCCACCCCCGGCUUCAGGAACUGACCAGUUUCCUCGAUGUGUUUCGCCAUCCAGUCGAGAUGAUCAACCUCGCAAAGCGAGUGGCCUACGUGGCACCCUUGGUGGGGACAAUAGUUUGCGGGGUUUGCCCGCACUGGCCGCAUCAUUUCAUGGUCUUACAUUUCGUUCUUCAGAGGGAAACGCACCCGGAUCGCAUAAUGGAUUCGCGACUGGCACCAAAGCACAUCAGAUCGUCCUAUCUCCGACUGCAAAAGCGGCGUCUAUCAAUUCCAGUUUCGAAUCCGAUCAGACUCCACCUACUAAACCGCAUCACAAACGUCAACAGAGUGCAACUCUUUCUAACCCGUCCUCCGCCAGUACCAUGACUCUGACUCCGGAAAAAGACAUGAUGAAAGCAGGCCUAGUGUUAUCAGCGGUCGAUAAAGCACCAUUGCUUACUGAAUCAUCUGACCAGGUGCCGACCACUCCGAUCAAUCGUGUGAGCAAACGUUCGGGCGUAGUUGGUGCCAGUGGCGGUAAGCAACUCUUCCCGGAAUUUGACGCGUCUGGAGGUCCGACGGAAUUAUCUUCAUCGUCAUCAUCGUGUAAUCGUGAUUCCGGAAAGGCACUGAAACAACAGCUCCACACGCAGUCAACUGUAGACAUCCUCCCACCCGUUCCGCCCAGACCUACCCAAUCGGAUGAUUCGGCAAGUGCAGACUCGUUGAACAGAUUUGACGAAGGAGAACAAGGACAGACCAAAGGGUCUGAUACCGCGGAAUUUCAUCCAGAUUCCAGCACACCAAAAACACCAUCCUCAGGCAUAUCGAUUCGGAACCAAACCGGUACUGGUGCACUGACCCCAGGAGAGGAGACCGGCCAGAUUGCGUGCUCCACAAUUCCCACACUGAUCGACAGCACUGCGGUUGCUGCCUGUGCGGCCAUGGCUAGUGGUGCUCUGUUUGGCACCGCUUCACCUUUGUCCGGUCUUGUGCCCAGUAUGGAUCCUCAUUUGGCACUCGCCGGUCGAAAUUCUGACGUGAAUUCCUCCGCACUUGCCACAUCCACUCCGCCUCAUUUUUUGUCCUUGGAUUCGCAUUCCUCGUUUAUCGCGUCUCCCGGAUUGCCGGCCUCUGUCCCAGGCGAAUUUACGGUACACAUUGUCCACCAGGGUGUGAUACAACGCCGUUCCAUGGCCCAACUACGAUCGGGGGCACACUCGGGGCUGGCUGCCUUACUCAGUCCAAAGCUGCGCAAGCCUUCAUUGGGUACCAAUCCGGAUAUCUACGGCUCUUCCUCCUCUCUGUCCACAUGUUCUGCGGCUGCCGGAACCUCGGAGAAUAGCAACUAUUCCGCUGUUCGAUCUUCUUUGAUUCACUCCCGUCCAGUUGGGUUCUCCACGUGGCGCCGUCUCUGGGCCACACUGGUCCUCGUUGGUCCGGGGUCUGCGGCCUUCAUGAUCUACUUUGAACCAAAAUGCAAACGUGCCAUGCAUCGGAAUCAGUUGGCUUUAGGUCGACAUCGCGAUGGCUCGAUUGACCCAUUGUCGUUCCUAUUGACCGACCCUAGCCGGAACAAGGUAUAUCGUUUCCGACCACUCUGUGAAUCGCCCCCUUCCGGUCAACCCGCUCCCACAUUGGCUCGUGCAGGUACCGGUCCACUUCAAUGGCUACGGCGAAGCACACACCGUAUGCCCGGCAGCGCAUCCCUUCGGCAACCGGCGGAACCUACAGUAUCACCAAACCCAUUCAGUUUUAGCACAUUUGGACGUCCUCGUGGUUCCUCGGUUCCCGGUAUGUUCACAUCACCCCAAUUUAGUCCGUCUACAAGAAGAGCGGCCACGUUGAAGGUAAAUCGCACUGCCAGUAAACCAGAUCGAAACCCAGAGGUCCUGUUUCCAUCAGAGCCACUCGGACCGGAUCUUCUCGUGACGGAUUGGAUGCGGGCUAUUCAGCACGCAUUGGAUCGGGUGGAACAAUUUCAUCGCCGUCAGUUAGCCGCGUUCUAUACCGCCCACGCGGUUCGUAAAAACACGGUCUGA